GCGAAUUGGUGGAAAUAAGUUUCUUUUCAUUCAAAUAAUACUUUAAAUAAAAAAAAGAAUGAAAAAUAAUAAUUAAAAAAUCUUUUAAUCUAAUUUAUCCCUAAUUAGUAGUACAUCAUGACGUGCAGUUGUCCAUCACGACUAACCAUUGUGCCGUAGGAACGCGGUGGAAAAUGAAAUGCAUGCUUGUUUGUUGUCAACAAAGAUCUGUCAAACAAACCAAACAUAAACAUCAAAUUGCCGCACAUGGUCUGACGAGAGCAUGGUUUCACAGCAUUAGAAUAGGGUAGCGAGUGUUCAAUCUCUAAUUUGAGUGGUUUAUCGUAAAUUUACAAUGAAGUUCGCGUAUAAGUUUAACAAUCUCCUUGGAGCAGUGUUCCGGCGUGGCAAUCUAUUGUUUACUCCUGAUGGCUACUCGGUGAUAAGUCCGGUAGGAAAUCGCAUUACCAUCUUCGACCUUAAGAACAACAAAUCCAACACGUUAUGCGUCGAAAGCCAGUACAAUUACACCGCGAUCGAUCUUUCACCGAACGGAUGUCUCCUCGUGGUGGUGAACGAGAUCGGAGAAGCACAGAUGAUAAGUAUGCUCUCGCAGACAACUAUCUACCGGUAUAAGUUCCGCGAUGAGGUAAAAUAUCUGCGCUUCAGCCCAGACGGGCGCUAUUUUGCCGCUUGCGUCAAUACGACUGUGGUGGUGUUUGUAACGCCGGGUGAAUCUUCCGGAUCGUACGGUUCGUUCGUGGUACAUCGUGCGUACGAGGUUGGUUUCGAUGAGACGGUGUUUCUCGAUUGGGCACCGAACUCUCGUGUGCUUGCCAUUGGCUCAAAGGACAACACGGUUCGGCUGCAGAACGUACAGUGGCUCCAAACGUUCCGUCCAUUUGUGCUCGGUGGACACCGCGAAGCGAUCGUGGGAUGUUUCUUCGAGGAGAAAACGCUCGACGUAAACACCGUCAGCAAGGAGGGUUUGCUGAUGCUGUGGGAGUGUGCAAUGGAGCUAGAAGAUUUAGAUAAAACUCGCGAAGAAUUGGCGGGCGAAACGGAAGAGUCCGCCGGGAAGAAGAAGCGCACCGUCGGCAACGACAGUGACGAGGAGGAAACCUUUACCACUGAGCAGGAUCUGGAAGGGGAAGCUGCUGAUGGUAAGGAGGUGCUACAGCUGGAGCGACUAAAGGAUGCCGCAAUGUCCAAAGACGACCAAGAGCGAGAUAAACAGGGCAAGCUGAUUGCUCGUUCGAAAAGCCAUCCGUUCUAUUACAAACGGCUUGCGCGUCACUAUCUCGCGGAUAUAGCACGGGCCGAAAACCGAAACGCGUACGUUACUGCGGCUACGUAUCAUCAAAAGUUGCGCAUCCUUGUGCUAGCCUUUUCGACUGGAUCGUUCUACCUGUACGAGCUGCCGGACGUGAAUCUGAUUCACUCGCUGUGCAUAUCCGACGCGAGCAUUGGUUCGGUCAGCUUCAAUGAUACGGGGGACUGGUUAGCGUUGGGUGUGUCCUCACUCGGCCAACUGCUCGUGUGGGAAUGGCAAAGCGAGCAGUACAUUAUGAAGCAGCAGGAACAUUCGCAGGGUAUGAAUUGCCUAUCAUACGCACCGGACGGCCAUCAGCUAGUCACCGGUGGACAGGAUGGCAAGGUAAAGCUGUGGAACGUUACGAGCGGUUUUUGUGUCGUCACAUUUGCCGAACACACGGCCUCCGUGAUGGCGGUGGAAUUUAGUCGGAACAAAAAGUUCCUCGUAAGCGCUUCACUGGAUGGUACGGUACGCGCGUACGAUGUAAUCCGGUACCGCAACUUCCGCACGUUCACCUCACCGGAACCGGUACAGUUUGUAUCGGUGGCGAUUGAUUUCUCCGGUGAGCUGGUUGCUGCUGGUGGGCAGGACGGGUUCGAUAUAUAUCUGUGGUCGAUGAAGUUGGGACGCUUGUUGGAGGUGCUGAGUGGCCAUGAAGGACCGAUCGUCUCGUUAGCCUUUUCACCGGUCGCUGCAUCGUCGGCAAUGGUUUCCGGUUCGUGGGAUCAAACGAUACGCAUAUGGAAUUGUUUGGAGGCUUCCGAAGCGAACGAAACGAUACCGGUGGGAUCGGACGUAGUUUGUGUGGCGUUUAAGCCGGACGGGGAAGAGGUAGCGGUAUCUACACUGAACGGUAAUAUUACCGUGUUUCACGUAAAGACGGCCGAACAGGUGGCAUCCAUCGAAGGCCGAAAGGACAUGGAGGGUAGCAUCUCCAAGUCGGACAUAAUUUCAGCCAAAAAGAAUCUAAUGGGCAGAGCUUUUAUGUCGAUCUGCUAUUCGGCGGAUGGAGAAUGUUUGCUUGCAGGUGGUAAAUCUAAAUACGUCUGCAUCUAUAACGUGAAGGAGGGCAUCCUGUUGAAAAAGUUUCAAAUUACGCAAAACCGCAGCUUGGACGGAAUGGAUGAAUACAUAAACCGGCGCAAACUGACGGAGUUUGGCAAUAUAGCGCUGAUCGAGGAGCGUGAAGAGCUGGAAGGUGGUAAUGUGGCGCUGAAAUUACCAGGCGCAACGAAAGGUGAUAUGGCUGCCAGAAACGUGCUGCCGGAGGUGAAGGUAGAUUGCGUUCGGUUUUCACCUUCCGGUCAAUCUUGGUCAGCCGUUUCGACGGAAGGUUUGCUCGUGUACGCCCUGCACAAGGGCGUUGUGUUCGAUCCGUACCAACUGUCGACGGAGGUAACACCGCGGGCAACACGCAAUCUACUGCACAAAGAGCAAAACUACGGUGGUGCACUACUGAUGGCAUUAAAGCUGAACGAAACCACACUCAUACAGGAGGUGCUAGAAAGUGUACCUUACCUUGAUAUCGAGCUGGUGAUUGGUUCGCUGCCGGAUGAUUAUGCCCUUCGUACGUUGCAGUUUGUUGCGAAGCAUGUAGGCACUAGCCAACAUAUCGAAUUCUAUCUACGGUGGUCAAAUUUGCUACUCACGAGACUCGGCCAAGUCGAUUCACUGCUCGAUGCGCAAACAUUAGUGACGCUGCACCAGAAUCUGAACCGAAAGUAUGAACAACUCAACAAAAUUUGCGAUUUCAACAAGUACACGCUGCAGGUCCUGAAAGCACUUUCCAUCUCGAACACUUCAUCGAAAAAGGUAUCGAAACUCGAUGAACAAAAUGGAACGAAACACGACAGCGAACAAAAUGGUAACGCAUCAUCGGAGGAUGAAAAUGAAUGGAUGUUGAUAAAGCAAACGGCAGCGUUGAGUAAUGCAAAGGCCAACAGUUCCGACGAUGAAAGCGAUGCAUCAAUGGACGAUGAGAAUUAGUAUGCAAAAAAGGUGCUAAUUUAGCUGUUGCAAAAUGCCGAAAGAAACGCACCGAGUGGAAAGCACGAGUAAGCGUAAAUAAAAUAAGCUAAACAACAUGUACAAAUAUUAA